ACCUUCAAAAACAUGCAGCGCAGGCACACGACACUGAGGGAAAAGGGCCGCCGCCAGGCCAUCCGGGGUCCCGCCUACAUGUUCAAUGAGAAGGGCACCAGCCUGACGCCUGAAGAAGAGCGAUUUUUGGACUCAGCUGAGUAUGGCAACAUCCCAGUGGUCAGGAAAAUGCUGGAGGAGUCCAAGACCCUCAACUUCAACUGUGUGGACUACAUGGGUCAAAAUGCAUUGCAGCUGGCUGUCGGCAACGAGCACCUGGAGGUCACUGAGCUACUGCUCAAGAAGGAGAACUUGGCGCGAGUAGGAGAUGCACUGCUACUGGCCAUCAGCAAGGGCUACGUGCGCAUAGUAGAGGCCAUCCUCAACCACCCAGCCUUCGCACAGGGCCAGCGCCUAACGCUCAGCCCACUGGAGCAAGAACUUCGAGAUGAUGACUUCUAUGCUUAUGAUGAGGAUGGCACACGCUUCUCCCAUGACAUCACGCCCAUCAUACUGGCAGCUCACUGCCAGGAGUAUGAGAUCGUGCACAUCCUCCUGCUCAAGGGUGCCCGCAUUGAGCGUCCCCAUGACUAUUUUUGCAAGUGCAACGAGUGCACUGAAAAGCAAAGGAAGGACUCUUUCAGCCACUCUCGAUCCCGCAUGAAUGCCUAUAAGGGACUGGCAAGUGCUGCCUACUUAUCCCUGUCCAGUGAAGAUCCUGUCCUCACCGCACUGGAGCUGAGCAACGAGUUAGCCAGACUAGCCAACAUUGAGACUGAAUUCAAGAACGAUUACAGGAAGUUAUCUAUGCAAUGCAAGGAUUUUGUGGUGGGCGUGCUGGACCUGUGCCGAGACACAGAAGAGGUGGAAGCGAUUUUAAAUGGUGAUGUGAACUUCCAAGUCUGGUCCGACCACCACCGUCCAAGUCUAAGCCGGAUCAAACUCGCCAUUAAAUAUGAAGUCAAGAAGUUCGUUGCUCAUCCUAACUGUCAGCAGCAAUUGCUUACCAUGUGGUAUGAAAAUCUCUCAGGCUUACGUCAACAGUCUAUCGCUGUGAAAUUCCUGGCUGUCUUUGGAGUCUCCCUAGGCCUCCCUUUUCUCGCCAUAGCCUAUUGGAUUGCUCCGUGCAGCAAGGUACAAACUGCUUAA